GUGGGAUUCAGUAAGCAGUGUGAAAAAGUCAGACGGCUUAGCUUGCCUGCCCUGUAGCAUGGUGUAUAAAUUUUUCUUUUCUUCUGUUGAAGUGGCCCAUAGAAAUCUUUCAGUCUCUCAUGUGACCAUUACAGUUGUGCGAGUUUUACUAGUGGGGCUUCAGACACUUUGCCUUCUCUGUUGCAUCUGAGGGCAUGUGUUGUAACUAUUCCUUGGGCUCAUGAAAUAUUUAUUUUGGGAGUUUUUGUGGCCUUGACUUUUAUGAGCCGCACCCAUAUAUCAUACUCUGUUGGGACCAGCUCUGGGAUAAAUGGCGGCAUUGUCUUCACUUUAAACUGAUAAAUGGGAAAGGCUGCUCUUCUAUUAAAAAGAUGUUAGCACUUAAUUUUGUCAUUUGUAAAUGAUCAAUAUUAACAUCAAAUUAUUUUAGCUUUUUUUUUGUUUGAUGUUGGACUUAUUUCAGUUAAAAGAAAUAAUAAUGUUUCAGUGAUAGACCUAUGGUUGAUUUUUUUUUUUCUUAAUACUUUUUUGUAUCUUCUAGUUGUUAAAAUGAACAUAUAAUUACUAUGUUAAGGAAAAAUUAAUAAAGUAAAUAAAUAAUAUUUAUAUAAUCCUUUACAGUUUAUAAAAUACUUCCACAUAUGUAAUCUCCUGGCAGUCCUAUAAAGGUAAGUGUUGCUGUGGUCCCCAUUAUACAGAUGAGGAUACUGCAGUUCAGAGAAAUUAAGUAACCUGCCUGCAGUGCACGGCUAGUAACUAACUGGUGAAGUCUGGAUGCGAACCUGGUCUUCCUACUCUGACUCCUCUGUUUUUUUUCACGCCACCAUUCUAUCUCCACUUAGAGCAGAGUUGUUAACUGUCAGUGGUUUUCCACCUAGAAUCAGAAGCAACAAGACUGCUACUAGUUACAGAGUUUCCAUUUGUCCUGGGCCUGGCAAGGUUACCUGUUUAGAGCCUGGCUUUGGCGUAAUCUGCAUGAAGGGUCUAUACGAGAAGAAUGAUGUGAAGGUUGGAAAAGAGACUGUUCAAACCACCGAGGAUCAGAUUUUGAAGAGAGACAUGCCACCAGCAUUUAUUAAGGUUGAGAAUGCUUGCACCAAGCUUGUUCAGGCAGCCCAGAUGCUUCAGGCAGACCCUUACUCAGUGCCAGCUCGAGAUUAUCUCAUCGAUGGAUCACGAGGCAUCCUCUCUGGCACAUCAGACCUGCUCCUCACCUUCGAUGAGGCUGAGGUUCGUAAAAUUAUUAGAGUAUGCAAAGGAAUUUUGGAAUAUCUUACAGUGGCAGAAGUGGUGGAAACUAUGGAAGAUUUGGUCACUUACACAAAGAAUCUUGGACCAGGAAUGACCAAGAUGGCCAAGAUGAUUGACGAGAGACAGCAGGAGCUCACCCAUCAGGAGCACCGAGUGAUGCUGGUGAACUCAAUGAACACCGUCAAAGAGUUGCUGCCGGUUCUCAUUUCAGCUAUGAAGAUUUUUGUAACAACUAAAAACUCAAAAAACCAAGGAAUAGAAGAAGCCUUGAAAAAUCGCAAUUUUACUGUUGAAAAGAUGAGUGCUGAAAUUAAUGAGAUCAUUCGUGUAUUACAACUCACUUCUUGGGAUGAAGAUGCCUGGGCCAGCAAGGACACUGAAGCUAUGAAGAGAGCAUUGGCCUCCAUAGACUCCAAACUGAACCAGGCCAAAGGUUGGCUCCGUGACCCCAAUGCCUCCCCAGGGGAUGCUGGCGAGCAGGCCAUCAGGCAGAUCUUAGAUGAAGCUGGAAAAGUUGGUGAACUCUGUGCAGGCAAAGAGCGCAGGGAGAUCCUGGGUACCUGCAAAAUGCUGGGGCAGAUGACCGAUCAAGUGGCUGACCUCCGAGCCAGAGGACAAGGAGCCUCACCGGUGGCCAUGCAGAAAGCCCAGCAGGUGUCUCAGGGUCUGGAUGUGCUCACAGCAAAAGUGGAAAACGCAGCCCGUAAGCUGGAAGCCAUGACAAACUCAAAGCAGAGCAUCGCGAAGAAAAUUGAUGCUGCUCAGAAUUGGCUUGCAGAUCCAAAUGGUGGACCAGAAGGAGAAGAACAAAUUCGAGGGGCUUUGGCUGAAGCUCGGAAAAUAGCAGAAUUAUGUGAUGAUCCUAAAGAAAGAGAUGACAUUCUACGUUCACUUGGAGAAAUAUCUGCCCUGACUUCUAAAUUAGCAGAUCUACGAAGACAGGGGAAGGGAGAUGCUCCAGAGGCCCGGGCGCUGGCCAAACAGGUGGCCACGGCCCUGCAGAACCUGCAGACCAAAACCAAUAGGGCUGUGGCCAACAGCAGACCCACCAAAGCAGCUGUCCAUCUUGAGGGCAAGAUUGAGCAAGCCCAGCGGUGGAUUGAUAAUCCCACAGUGGAUGACCGGGGAGUAGGUCAGGCUGCCAUCCGGGGGCUUGUGGCCGAAGGGCAUCGUCUGGCUAAUGUCAUGAUGGGGCCUUAUCGCCAAGAUCUUCUUGCAAAGUGUGACCGAGUGGACCAGCUGACGGCCCAGCUGGCCGACCUGGCUGCCAGAGGGGAAGGAGAGAGUCCUCAGGCGAGAGCACUUGCAUCUCAGCUCCAAGACUCCUUAAAGGAUCUGAAAGCCCAGAUGCAGGAGGCCAUGACUCAGGAGGUGUCGGAUGUUUUCAGUGAUACCACAACUCCCAUCAAGCUGUUGGCAGUGGCAGCCACUGCCCCUCCUGAUGCACCUAAUAGGGAAGAGGUAUUUGAUGAGAGGGCAGCUAACUUUGAAAACCAUUCAGGAAGGCUUGGUGCCACUGCAGAGAAGGCGGCUGCUGUUGGAACUGCUAAUAAAUCCACAGUGGAAGGCAUUCAGGCGUCAGUGAAGACGGCACGAGAACUCACACCCCAGGUUGUCUCGGCUGCUCGCAUCUUACUUAGGAAUCCUGGGAAUCAAGCUGCUUAUGAACAUUUUGAGACUAUGAAGAACCAGUGGAUUGAUAAUGUUGAAAAAAUGACAGGGCUGGUGGACGAAGCCAUUGAUACCAAAUCUCUGUUGGAUGCUUCCGAAGAAGCAAUUAAAAAAGACCUGGACAAGUGUAAAGUGGCCAUGGCCAACAUUCAGCCUCAGAUGCUGGUCGCUGGGGCAACCAGCAUUGCUCGUCGGGCCAACCGGAUCCUGCUGGUGGCCAAGAGGGAGGUGGAGAACUCUGAGGAUCCCAAGUUCCGUGAGGCUGUGAAAGCUGCCUCUGAUGAAUUGAGCAAAACCAUCUCCCCGAUGGUAAUGGAUGCAAAGGCUGUGGCCGGAAACAUUUCUGACCCUGGCCUGCAAAAGAGCUUCCUGGACUCAGGAUAUCGGAUCCUGGGUGCCGUGGCCAAGGUCAGAGAAGCCUUCCAACCUCAGGAGCCUGACUUCCCGCCUCCUCCCCCAGACCUUGAACAGCUCCGUCUAACAGAUGAGCUUGCUCCUCCUAAACCACCACUGCCUGAGGGUGAGGUCCCUCCGCCCAGGCCCCCACCACCAGAGGAGAAGGAUGAAGAGUUCCCUGAGCAGAAAGCUGGGGAGGUGAUUAACCAGCCAAUGAUGAUGGCUGCCAGGCAGCUCCAUGAUGAAGCUCGCAAAUGGUCCAGCAAGGGCAAUGACAUCAUUGCAGCAGCCAAGCGCAUGGCUUUGCUGAUGGCUGAAAUGUCUCGGCUGGUAAGAGGGGGCAGUGGCACCAAGCGGGCACUGAUUCAAUGCGCCAAGGACAUCGCCAAGGCCUCAGAUGAGGUGACUCGGUUGGCCAAGGAGGUUGCCAAGCAGUGCACAGAUAAGCGGAUUAGAACCAACCUCUUACAGGUGUGUGAGCGAAUCCCAACUAUAAGUACCCAGCUCAAAAUCCUGUCCACAGUGAAGGCCACAAUGCUGGGCCGGACGAACAUCAGCGAUGAGGAGUCUGAGCAGGCCACAGAGAUGCUGGUUCACAACGCCCAGAACCUCAUGCAGUCUGUGAAGGAGACUGUGCGGGAAGCAGAAGCAGCUUCAAUUAAAAUUCGAACAGAUGCUGGAUUUACACUGCGCUGGGUUAGAAAGACUCCCUGGUAUCAGUAGGUCCCGGGCCAAACCUGGCUGGCACAGAAACCCCUACUAAACAGAAGGAAAAUUAUGAGUCCCAGGAACUGCCCAGUGUUGCUGGGGGCUUGAAAGCCACAUCCUGGCCUGUCACAUCAGAAAGGAAUGGGGGCCUCUUCACGUUAGAAAACAUUUACUCUUGUCAUGGAGGACAUUUUGAAACUGUCUCCAUAUAAAGCCUGUAUUCUCAAACACAGUUAUAUUUGUGCACACUCUAUCCCAAAAAGCAGACUGGGUCUCCAGCUCACGGACUUCACAUAAGCUUAGAAUCCAAGUGAACGCUAGCUAGGCACCCUUCUCUGUCCUUGUUCCCUAGGGAACAGUUCCCUGAGAGGAACCUUCUCUGCUUCCUAUUCACUGCCUCCAUUCUCCCCUUUAGGCUCCUAAGACCCAGGGCCCAGGCAAGUCAGUUAAGAAGGAAAUCACUGUGCCUCCAAAAAUUGUUUUGGGCUUCCCACAUUGCUGCUGACCCUGCCUGGCUUCCCUGGGCUGUGCUACCUGGGUCCUUUUCAGAAGUGAGCUUCGCUGCUGCAGGGGAAAGUGGCCUCUGGGGGGCCCCCAGUAUAUGGGGCUGGGUUCAUUUUCUGCCCUUCCCCAAUUUAAUCCUUCUAGUUUCCCACAGUACAAAACCAAAUUUCAUUCUGUCUGGAAGACAGAGAUUCACACGGUUCUGUCUUCAGCAUGCCCCAGAGCAACGUCUGUUCCAGGGACACUUCCGGCCCCAUUUCCUGCCCUGGCCUUCCAAGGUAGCUAUCGCAGGAACGCACUGUGUGUCCUGGUGCUCUCUGCCACUGGAGGGGCAGAGUAGCUGGGCCUUGGCCCUGCCCAUCCUCCCAGUGGGGCCACUCCCAGGCGCUCCACGCUAUCACUGCCUGCAGAGGUCUAUGCUGAGGCCUUAUUCAUUCUAAGCUCUUACUGUUCUGAGCUGAAAUGCUGCAUUGAUUUUUAACCAAAUCAUGUCUUCUAUCCUGGCUUUUAUAGUCUUCCCCUAUACCCUACCUAAACAAGGUUUUAAAGAUAUGUAGGUAUUUGUUCAUCUGUAAUAAUAAUAAUUACAGAUGAACAAACACCUACCUUUUUAUCCUUCUGAAAUUCAGCCCUAAGAAUUGGUGCUUGGCCCUCAAGAGUGUAUAAUGGAAAGUCUGAAGGAAACUCCUACCUAAGGGAUAGCAGCUGUAGACUGGAAUUCUGGCACUGCUGGGGAUUUACAUGAUCAAUCAAUGGGAAACACUCCUGAAUUCCUACUCCCCUUCAAUUAACUACAACCAAGCCCCUUGAAUUCCCACCACAAGUAUGUUUGAGAGAGUAAAGGGUAUAAUGUUUAAUUAUCACCAUAAUAAGUUUCCUAUUAGGCAAAGUGAGAGAGAAGUCGAUUUUUCUUUUCUUUUUUGCACUUACCACUGCUGUCUAAGCAUUCCCCAGCACAUGAAAGGAUGUACUUCCAAAGGCAGAACCAGAUGAGUAAAGGAAUAAGAACCCUUGCCUGAAUGGCCUUCCCUCCCACCCCCAGUGUGUGUUAGACCCCAACAUCAAAUGUGUAAAACUUGUCUUAAGUUGGUCUUGCACAUUCUUACUUCUUCUGUUUCCUUUUAAUGGAUGAACAUUAUUUUCACGGUCCUCAGUGUAUCUAUGUAGUUGCUUAUCUGAUAUAAAUGCAAUAUUAAUGCCUUUAAAGUAUGAAUCUAUGCCAAAGAUCACCUUUUGUUUUACUAAAGAUGACUGAGAGGAAAUAAGAAAAAUCACAGUUGCUCUCCAAGUUCUUCCAGUGUUUCAAGUCACUGGUUUACACUUUAUGCCGGAUGUGCUUUUUUGCAAUAUCAGUGCUCAA